AUGUCAGAGGGUCUGCGUGUGUGGGACCUGGCAGCAGGGCAGAGCCACAGUGUGUUCCUGGCUGAUGGUGACUGCUGCCAGCCCAUCCUCUGUUACAGCGGUCAACAGGUCAGUAUGCCCACCCUCUACAGUGGUCAACAGGUCAGUAUGCCCACCCUCUACAGCGGUCAACAGGUCAGUAUGCCCACCCUCUGUUACAGCGGUCAACAGGUCAGUAUGCCCACCCUCUACAGCGGUCAACAGGUCAGUAUGCCCACCCUCUACAGCGGUCAACAGGUCAGUAUGCCCAUCCUCUACAGCGGUCAACAGGUCAGUAUGCCCACCCUCUACAGCGGUCAACAGGUCAGUAUGCCCAUCCUCUACAGCGGUCAACAGGUCAGUAUGCCCAUCCUCUACAGCGGUCAACAGGUCAGUAUGCCCAUCCUCUACAGCGGUCAACAGGUCAGUAUGCCCACCCUCUGUUACAGCGGUCAACAGGUCAGUAUGCCCAUCCUCUACAGCGGUCAACAGGUCAGUAUUUCCACCCUCUACAGCGGUCAGCAGGUCAGUAGUAUGUGCUGUAAAGCCCAGUUCAACGGUCUUAAGGAGUUUGAGAACAACUGACCGGUCUCAUAUCGGCUGCUGGAGUUUCCAAAAUUCAACGUUACAUUUACGUCGUUUAGCUGACGCUCUCGUUCAGAGCGACUUAACAUGAGCAAUUAGGGUUAAUUGCCUUGCUCAAGGUGACAUCGGCAGAUUUUUUCACGUGGUCGAUUCCUGUGUUUUGAACCAGCGAUCAUAGGGUUACUGGCCGAAACGCUCUUAACCACUGGGCUACCUGCCGCCCAUAUCAAAUCUUAGCCGAAGACUUGCGGCGAGACAGGUGGUCCCUUUAUCCAAUCAAAGAACAGUAAGCUGAUGUUCUGUGUUCAGCCAAGCAGACACCUAGCUAGCUGUUUUGAUGCUUGCUGAUAUUUCUCUGACAAGUUUACAAAGUGCGUGUAUUUCAUUUCAACUAGUUUGAUACAACGCCUUGCUACAACAAGUGACAACUUCGUUUCAGAGUUUCAUCACGUCGUCUAAAGAGGCACCGUUACCGUCUCAACUGGCACGUCUGGUCUUUAGUCAGCUGUUCAAUAACACAACAUUCUAAGGCUGGCUGGUUUGUCUCUUUCUCUUCUUAAUGUAUCUGAACCGGGCCUUUAUAUGUGUUGUAUACUGUAUAAGUUAAGUGUUGUGUCUUGUGACGUAAUAUACACUGAGUGUACUAAACAUUAGGAACACCUUCCCAAUACCCUCAGAACAGCCUCAGUUCGUCGGGGCAUGGACUCUACAAGGUGUCGAAAGCGUUCCACAGGGAUGCUGGCCCAUGUUGACUCCAAUGCUUCCCACAGUUGUGUCAAGUUGGCUGGAUGUCCAUUGGGUGGUGGGACCAUUCUUGAUACACACGGGAAACUGUUGAGCGUGAAAAACCCAGCAGUGUUGCAGUUCUUGACACAAACCGGUGCGCCUGGCACCUACGACCAUACCCCGUUCAAAGGCACUUCAAUAUUUUGUCUUGCCCAUUCACCCUCUGAAUGACACACACACACAAUCCGUGUCUCAAUUGUCUCAAGGCUUAAAAAUCCUUCUUUAACCUGUCUCCUCCCCCUUCAUCUACACUGAUUUGAAAUGAAUUUAACAGGUGACAUCAAUAAGGGAUCAUAGCUUUCACCUGGCUUCGUCUGGUCAGUCUCUGUCAUGGAAAGAGCAGGUGUACCUAAUGUUUUGUCCACUCAGUGAUUAUAGAUAUAGUUUUUAACCACGUUACGCAACUUUGAAAGAAAUGUCAUUCUUUAUAUUGUGAUUUGGAUUGUGUAAUUUCUGUAUUUCUUCUGUUUGUGUUACAGUACACGUAGAAUCAUUUUUCAGUAUCUGCUGAAUCAAUAGCUUUCUGGAUGAGUCUCUUCCCCUUCUGCAGAAGCCGUGGGGGUGUGUGUGUGUGUGUGUGUGUGUGUGUGUGUGUGUGUGUGUGUGUGUGUGUGUGUGUGUGUGUGUGUGUGUGUGUGUGUGUGUGUGUGUGUGCGUGUGUGCGUGCGUGCGUGCGUGCGUGCGUGCGUGCGUGCGUGCGUGCGUGCGUGCGUGCGUGUAUGUGUAUGUGUGUGUGUGUGUGUGUGUGUGUGUGUUUUGUAUAGUCAGUGAAUGUAGCCAGGAAUGCCUGUAUUGUUGGCAAACAAAUUUCCCUAUGGGACAAUAAAGUAUUAAUUAAUUCAUUAAUUGAUUCAGGUGAUAGAGACCACACCUGAGAACCACAUACCUGGGACAGGGUCAACUGAGAGCUCUCCCUCUAUAACGGACACGUUCACCCUCAGACCUGUCCUGCUGCCCUUCUGUAUGGACGUGAGUAGAACACAAUCACAGCCUCUCUAUAAUGGAAAGAAAGUUUACCCGAGUUUACCCCAGCUUGAACGAAAGGGUGCUCGACUGAGGGGACUUGUAAAUCCCAAAACAUUCCUUACCCCAGAACACUUCAACAGGUGACUAUCCAGGAGAGUAAAAUAAGCACUCUGUUUAGAAAAACUGCCUGUUUGAUUGUCCCGUUAAUAAAUCAAUCAGAUCUGUGCAGAAACAGAGUGCUCCUAUUUCUUUAUUUUAUAAUGUAUUAUAACAUAUGACCCCUACCAGUAACUUGUCCCUGAGACUUGGCUGUAGACUCCAAUCAUAACGUGCCACAUAAAAUAUUGAUCAGUAAUGUGUUGGUGUCUUCCCGUCUAGAUGGGCUACGUCAGCGGUGUGUAUGGCGGAGGACAGUCCUGUCUAGCCCAGGCUGACCACAACGUGAUGGGGUUCAUCGCUGCUCUCCACGAGCUGGCUGCAGCAGACAGGAAGUUCUACUGCAGGCUCAGAGACGUCAACAAGCGGGUGGUCAGCCCUCUACUGAGCAAAGGUGAGACAAGAGACAUACAGACAUAGGGAGCAUCUCAAUUGCAUUUCCUUGAUUCCUCGCGUCCUCCAUCCUCGCCUCAGCUGGCUGGAGUGUUUAUGGACAUAUUACAUCUCUCCAUAUCCCAGUCUGUUGUCCCCACUUGCUUCAAGAUGUCCACCAUUGUUCCUGUACCCAAGAAAGCAAAGGUAACGGAAAUAAAUGAAUGACUAUCGCCCAGUAGCACUCACUUCUGUCAACGUGAAGUACAUCAUGUUGAUGCUACUGUCUCUUAUGACCGAAAAUAGCUCCUGGAUAAUUGAACAGCGAUUACUAACCUCGAACUGGACGAAGAUGUUUUCUUUAAUGAGUCUGACGCGAGGGAUAUAAUGUUGCCCCCAGACAAUGGCACGUUGUGUUUGCUAAUCCAAGUUGAUCAUUUUUAAAAGGCUAAUUGAUCAUUAGAAAACCCUUUUGCAAUUAUGUUAGCACAGCUGAAAACUGUUGUGCUGAUUUAAAGAAGCAAUAAAACUGGCCUUCUUGAGACUAGUUGAGGAUCUGGAGCAACAAAUAACUUUCUUCUGAAACUCGUCAGUCUAUUCUUGUUCUGAGAAAUGAAGGCUAUUCCAUGCGAAAAAUUGCCAAGAAACUGAAGAUCUCGUACAACGCUGUGUACUACUCCCUUCACAGAACAGCGCAAACAGGCUCUAACCAGAAUAGAAAGAGGAGUGGGAGGCCCCGGUGCACAACUGAGCAAGAGGACAAAUACAUUAGAGUGUCUAGUUUGAGAAACAGACGCCUCACAGGUCCUCAACUGGCAGCUUCAUUAAAUAGAACCCGCAAAACACCAGUCUCAACGUCAACAGUGAAGAGGCGACUCCGGGAUACUGACCUUCUAGGCAGAGUUGCAAAGGAAAAGCCAUAUCUUAGACUGGCCAAUAAAAAGAAAAUAUUAAGAUUGGCAAAAGAACACAGACACUGGACAGAGGAAGAUUGGAAAAAAGUGUUAUGGACAGAUGAAUCGAAGUUUGAGGUGUUCGGAUCACAAAGAAGAACAUUUGUGAGACGCAGACCAAAAGAAAAGAUGUUGGAGGAGUGCUUGAUGCCAUCUGUAAAGCAUGGUGGAGGCAAUGUGAUGGUCUGGUGGUGGUAAAAGUGGUGGUAAAGUGGGAGAUUUGUACAGGGUAAAGGGGAUCUUGAAGAAGGAAGGCUAUCACUCCAUUUUGCAACGCCAUGCCAUACCCUGUGGACGGCGCUUGAUUGGAGCCAAUUUCCUCCUACAACAGGACAAUGACCCAAAGCACAGCUCCAAACUAAGCAAUAGUAUUUAGGGAAGAAGCAGUCAGCUGGUAUUCUGUCUAUAAUGGAGUGGCCAGCACAGUCACCGGAUCUCAACCCUAUUGAGCUGUUGUGGGAGCAGCUUGACCGAAUGGUACGUAAGAAAUGCCCAUCAAGCCAACCCAACUUGUGGGAGGUGCUUCAGGAAGCAUGGGGUGAAAUCUCUUCAGAUUACCUCAACAAAUUGACAACUAGAAUGCCAUAGGUCUGCAAGGCUGUAAUUGCUGCAAAUGGAGGAUUCUUUGACGAAAGCAACGUUUGAAGGACACAAAUAUAUAUAUUUAAAUUAAAAAUCAUUAUUUCUAACCUUGUCAAUGACUACAUUUCCUAUGCAUUUUGCUACAUUUCCUAUUCAGACUCAUUUGAUGUUUUCAUGGAAAACAAGGACAUUUCUAAGUGACCCCAAACUUUUGAACGGUAGUGUAUAUUUUUCGGUCUAUUUACCACCACAAAAUGACGCUGGCAUUAAGACUGCACUCAAUGAGCUGUAUAAGGCCAUAAGCAAACAAGAAAAUCCUCAUCCGGAAGUGGCACUCCUAGUGGCCGGGGACUUCAAUGCAGGCAAAACUUAAAUUGUUUUACCUCAUUUCUACCAGCAUGUCACAUGUGCAACCAGAGGGAGAAAAAAAAAACUCUAGAUCACCUUUACUCCACACACACAGAGACUCAUACAAAGCUCUCCCUCGCCCUCCAUUUGGCAAAUCUGACCAUAACUCUAUCCUCCUGAUUCCUGCUUACAAGCAAAAACUAAAGCAGGAAGUACCAGUGAUUCGCUCAAUAC